UCUACAUCGAAAUGGGGUUAUCUUCAAACGUGUAAAUUAUAUAUUGAAUGAACCGCUCUGUAGCCAUGGAUAGGUCGGUUUUAGCCUGACGUAAAUCAGAGCGCCUGUGGGCUAAUGGUAUGAGGUGUCUUGUUUAUACAUGAUAACCCACACCUGGCUCCAACGGGAUUAUGUCUCUAUCAGUAGCCAUGGCUGGACAUCAUCCGUAAAUGUUCACAUUCACAAUAACAUCAAGUUCCCAUCGAAAUAGUAUGUAAGUAGGCAUAAUACCUAACGCGCUUCUGGUCUACUUUAAACCAGGACAUGUAUUCAUCUAUUACCACGUGGCACUUAGAUAAGAUCGGAGUUAGCUUUGUCCCCCUCAGAUAGUUUCAACGCAUUUCCAUAAAUUAUCUGGGUGUAAUUAUCUGUCCAGAUGUCCAAAUUGUCCCACACACAUCUCCAAACGCAUCCAAACCCUAUGCGGAAAACAAUGAUUGUAUGACUUAUUUGACCCAUUAGUAGGCCUAAUCGUAAACCUGCUCACAACAGCUUGACCAAAGAAUGCUGCCAUAUACAAGCAUUUAGCUACACAAAGAGCAUUUCGCUACACCCGCAAUAACAUCUGCUAAAUAUGUGUAUGUGACCAAUAAAAUGUCAUUACAUUCGAAACUAACUAAGUAGGUCACUCUGUGAAUUGAACCAAAUGAAGUAUACUAUUCCUCUCAAAUGAAACGACUUAUUCUGUGGAAAAGACCUCUGAGAUAUAGGAUAACGAAUGCUAUUGCAAGGAGAAAAGGUGGCUAUCUAAUCUAAUUUAUUGUUGGAACAAUUAUACGAAUAAUGCCAAUUUAAUUUAUAUAAAAUCUAUGUUUUUCAAAUAGCCUAAUUCGAUAAAAUUUAGAACAAAAUAGUCGAAAUAGAUUCUGACGUUAAAAUAGGCCUACAUGUUCUCUCCAAAUAUUUAACCUAAACUGCCUUUAUUCAAACAAAGUGAAUUGUCGCAUAUACAUUGCGUUGGAUUGCACCGGGGAUUAAAAUGUGAAUUGAAAAGAAAAGCAAUUAGCAAGACAAAUAAAGAAAUGUAUGUAACACAUUAAACAUCCGAUAAAAUGGUGACAUUUUUGAUAGUCAUCUUUAUUCAUUUGAUUUCACUGUAUGAACAUCGUGCACGCAUGCUUAGCAUGCUCCCCAUGCAUCAGUAACUUUUGGGGUUUAAGAGGUUUAAUACAACUCGGACUAUCCUUUUCUAAACGAUUGAAAGUGAAACAGUGGGCAGACACCACGUUGUUUAAUAAAUAGAUUAUAAUAGGCCUAAACGUUGGUAGCCCAGAUUGUUUCCUAAUUUUCCAUUUCUCAUGUGAAAUAAAUAUCUCCAUAAUCUGUAAUGUACUGCCGCUGCUGUGAAAUAGCAGUCUGUGGCGAGGCAGAGAUGUGUGUUCGCGUCCAGCUGUCGUUUUGGAGAGGCUUUGAUUUCUGUGUGGUUUCCUCUGUAGCAUCUGGAGAUCAAUUAUCCGUUCAUGUGAGGCAACGGAUGGACAUGGAGAUCAUAGAAGAUAGUAGUAGCACUAGAAGCUGGUCUGAAAUAUAUUCAAUGAAGAGGCUAAUAGCCUAAACACUGACUAACAUGCAACUUAAUUUUAUGAAAUCAAAUCGGUAACUUAAUCCAGAUCCCAGGUCGAUUCAAUCCCUCUCAAAUAAUUGUAAUCCUGCAUGAAACGUAUAAUAUCGAGAUCACGUUUAAAUACCAGAAUAAUUGUCAUAUUCUAUGUACAGUAUAAACGGUCACACAUAUCAAUGAAAAACAUAGCAAACGACGUGUGGCUAUAUAUUUUUCUCAGUACAUUGGAUGGAUAGCAUAGCUUCGUAUUAGCCUACAUUCUUCAAGUCAGUCCACCUGUUUCAUCUUCUUUAUCCGCAGGCGUUUUGGGUUAACCUGACACUCUGGUUUGGGUAGCCUACCUACAGCCUUAUAAUAUAUCAGUUAUUUCGGAAUAAGCCGUUUCCAAAGGCGCGUAAUAAUGCCUGAUGCGCAGGAAUCCGGAAAAAUCCCUCGUAGCUGAUUGGCUGCUGGACUCUGACUCUUGUUGGGAUGGACCUGUUGGAUAAAAGGACCAUUUUAGAGAGUCUCGAGUGAUACAUCGUGACUAGUGCACUGGGGACCGACCUGUGAGCCGAUACAAAUAGGGAAUAGGCCAACUAUCGAAGACACCAUGACAGGUAAACAAGGUGCUGCGGUGCUAUCGGAAACGUUGAAUAUAUCCAAAACGUCCUCUAUCGGUGCUAACGGAGGGAAUAACAGCCUGCACCAACAAUCAAAGAACAGCGCCACGCACCCUCCCAGAUGCACGGGAUUCGGGAUACAGGAGAUUUUAGGGCUGAAUAAAGAGCCUUCGGCGGCCCCGAGGAGCGCCUUGCAGUCGCUGCCAGCUGGGGCGCACCUGCUUGCCGCCAGGUCAAUGCUUGGCCCCGCUGGUGUAGGAGUUGGGAUGGGAUUAAUCGGGCCUGGAGGGAUUCCGUCAUUCUACAGGCAACCAGCGUUUUUGGAGGUCCUGCAGGAUGCGCAGAACGUUCACUUGCAAACCCACAAUAGAACUGUGGGACAUCUGGACCACAGCCAAUCCCCCAGUUCAGACUCAGAAGAUGUGUCAUCAAGCGAACGAAAACUCUCCAAGAACUCAUUAAGCCAGAGCAAGAAACGGAAGAAAAGACGGCACCGAACCAUAUUCACAUCUUACCAGCUCGAGGAGUUGGAGAAGGCCUUUAAUGAAGCUCACUACCCAGAUGUGUAUGCAAGAGAGAUGCUGGCUAUGAAAACAGAGCUUCCUGAGGACAGAAUACAGGUCUGGUUCCAGAACCGCAGGGCCAAAUGGAGGAAGAGGGAGAAGUGCUGGGGACGCAGCAGUGUGAUGGCAGAGUAUGGGCUGUAUGGCGCCAUGGUCCGUCACUCCAUCCCCCUACCGGAUUCCAUCCUCAAGUCUGCCAAGGAUGGCAUCAUGGACUCCUGUGCCCCAUGGCUGCUUGUUCAAGAUGGCUUUCCAAUCAGCAGACGCUUUUCUAAAUCCGAAUACCCACAAUUCUUUACAGGGAUGCACAAAAAGUCCAUGGAGACCACGGUCGUCCAGCCAAAAGGGAAGUCCGAUGUUCCCCAGCAGCCAGCCAUUCAGAGGGCUGAAGAGUGCGACGUGGAGGAGAAGAGGGCGGAGGGCAAGUCACCCAUCUCCAAAGAGGAACUGAGGGAGAACAGCAUCGCAGCACUCAGGGCAAAAGCACAGGAGCACAGUGCCAAGGUGCUUGGGACUGUUACAUGCGAGAGACCAGAGAGCAAAGUGGAGAGACAGGCGACAGAGGAAAAAUCUAGUGGCCCUUUGAGUCCAGUGGAAGAGCCCAAGAGUCCAUAGACCCUCACUUUGUACAGACUUUGCAGUGCCCUUGACUGUGCUCUAAACAUCUGUAUGGACUCAACUAGAUUGAUCAGUAUUACAGUGUUCUCUGAGAGGUUUUUACAUGUUGAACAUCCUAGAUCUCUAUUAUACUGUUUUAAAAUGACCUGCUUUAUACUGGUCUUCCUAUUGGAAAGAUUAAAUAUCUACAUUUGUAUUUUAUUGACUAAGAAAAACCCCAAUGCACUUUCUGUCUUUCUUACUCACUGACAUUCAUACAAAUAUUGAGGCUUACAUAUUGUUGAAAAUUGUUUAAUAUGGGGUUAGCAGUCCAUACAGAUGUAUAUUGCUGACAACCCCUAUAACUAGAAGACACCCACUUUACACAUUUCUAUCAUUGAAUAUUCUUAAACUACUAAUUCAGUGUGCAAAGUGCAUACUUGUGUUUGUUAUAAUGAACCAAUUCGGACAUUUGUUGAUAUAAAAGUUUGUUGAUAUAUAAGUAGCCAAUCUCUGAAUCUAUACUGUACUCUAUAUUGAAUUCACAGCAUCCAUAGUGUUGAUGCUGACUGUGUUUGUUUGUCUAGUCGCUCCACUGAAGCGACUAGACAUCUGUGGGAUGAGGAUGUACGAAAGGGAAACCAUUAUUCCACUCAUUUGGAACACACAAUAAUUAAAACGUCUUACAUUGUUCUUAUGCAGUAUAUAAUGGAGAUAAAGACAGCUCACAAAGGCACUGUUAAAAUAUACUUUCAUGUAGUCUUUAAAUGUUUGUGUUUUUGUUUCACAGUCUGUAUAGUAUGCAAUACAAAGUAUUAAACCAUUUUUUAUGAG